AUGGACCGUCUCAAAGAGAGACUUUCGACCGGAAGCAGCGGUGCACAGAACGCUGCCGAUGGCAGCCUUAAGGGCAAAGCAAAGGCGUUUAUUUCUGGGUUUGGACAGCAGCCUGGAGCUGAAGGAGCUUCAAUCCCCCAGGACAAUAAUAAUUCGCAGGCGAAUCCGUUGCAUCAGCAUAAUCAGCCACAACAUCAACAUCAUCAACACACUCAACAACCGCAACCUCAGCUGAGGACUGGCGAUCCGGUUGUACCCAAAGUGAAAGGCGAGCCAAAACUUCUCGGUCUGGUCAGCGAUCCGGGAUUGAACAGAGACUCGGGCGGGUCAGCGAGGUUCGGAGACCGUCUCUUGUGGACUUAUAGAGAUACACAGUUGUGUGGGAGUGAUGGGCAAGUGCAGGCACUUCCCAUCAUCACGAGCACCGCCAGCUGGACGGAUCUGGAUCCUCGCGGAACUCCAAGCUUGCAAAGUGUCGACGGUAAUGUCGAUAAGCUGAACACCACGGUUUUGAGGCAGUACGGCGACACUGCCAAGGAUUGCGCUUACUUUCCMGUUCACAUCAAGGGGAGUGGAUCAUGCGCUGGAGAGCGUGCCGAUGGCUCUCGGCAUCCUUUCUGGCCGGACCAACCGCCAAUGGUAACGGAGACCACGAGUGAAGGAAAAGUCACAGCCUACACAUGGAUCCGACAGGAACAUCUCAAAGGUCUAGAAAACAUUUCCGAGAACCCCGCCACGACGCWCUAUCGUUUGGACCACAAACCCAGCUGGCACAAAUCCAAAGACGCCCUCCCAAAAGUCUCCAUCGUCGAUGCAGACUUCUGGAAGCAAGGCGAGCUCCCCUUUGGCAAUUAUGGAAACGUCGUCAAAGAUGGCAUCGCAUAUUUAUAUGCUCAAGCAAAAGGAGGAGUGACGGCUCUAGCAAAAGUCCCUGCGAAUCAAGUGGAGAAUCGGGGCGCUUAUGAGUAUUGGGUGAAUGAUGCCUGGACUGCACAAAUGCCAACCAUGGACCAAGAAGGUAUUAAUAUCACCCAUGCGAAUGCUGGUGGGCAGGGAACUUAUUACUGGUCUGAACCUUGGAAAUCGUUUGUGUGGAUUGGUGGAUGUCCGUUUCCGGGUGCUGUGGCUUUUAUCACUACUGCGCCUGAUCCUAGUGGUCCUUGGAUUGAACCUUUUCAAUUUUAUGAAGGUACCGGUGGAAAUCAUGCUUUACCUGCGUACUCGAUUCAAGCUCAUCCUGCUAUGGUGAGCGAUGCGAAUGAGAAUGCGAUUUAUUUGACGUAUACGAAGAGUGAUGAGGGGGCUUAUUCUACGCCGCUGGUUUAUGUUGAAUGGGAGUAG